CGGCGCGCGGGGGCCGGAGCAGCGCCCGGCCCGGGGCGCCCGGGGGCCGGAUGGCGGAGCCCACGCGCGCCGCGGAGCCGGGGAGGUUUGCGCUCCGCUCGCCGCGCUGCAGGGAGGGCGCGGUGCCAGGCGCGAGCGCCCAGAGACCCAAAAAGAAAGCUUUUUAUUUGCCGAGGAUGAAGCCCCUGAAGGAGCCCGCCCCCAACAACAACAACAACAUGUCCUUUGUGAUCCAUUGUCAACUAGGCAAGGAGAUCAAACACAUUUGCAGCAACUGCAGUCGGGGAGAGGACGCCCGGGACGCUGAGGAAGUGGAGAGGCUGGCGGCGAUGCGUUCUGACUCCCUUGUCCCAGGGACCCACACCCCACCCAUCCGGAGAAGGAGUAAGUUUGCCAACCUGGGAAGGAUUUUCAAGCCCUGGAAGUGGAGGAAGAAGAAAAGCGAAAAGUUCAAACACACAUCUGCAGCCCUGGAACGGAAAAUCUCGAUGAGGCAAAGCAGAGAGGAGCUGAUAAAACGAGGGGUCUUGAAGGAGAUCUAUGAUAAAGAUGGGGAGCUCUCCAUAUCCACUGAAGAUGACUCCCUGGAAAACGGGCAGUCCCUGAGCUCCAGCCAACUGUCUCUGCCCGCGCUGUCCGAAAUGGAGCCGGUCCCAAUGCCCAGGGAUCCCUGCUCAUACGAGGUGCUCCAACCUUCUGACAUCAUGGAUGGGACAGUGUCUGAAGAGAGUCCCUCUGCCAGUGAGUCUGGAGUCCUCCUGUCCCAAGAUCCUUCAGCCAAACCAGUCCUGCUACUGCCCCCCAAAAAACCUGCUGCUUUCCCUGGAGACCAUGAGGAGACCCCAGUGAAGCAGCUGGCACUCCUCAAGCAGCCCCCCGCCCUGCCUCCCAAACCCACUGCCAGGAUUGCCAACCACUUAACAGAUCCUGGUGCCCCUGUGAAAUUGCCUUGUCUGCCAGUGAAGCUGUCACCUCCACUACCUCCAAAGAAAGUCAUGAUCUGUAUGCCCGUGGGGGGGCCAGACCUCUCCCUGGCAUCCUACGCGGCCCAGAAGGGUGGCCAGCAGGGCAGCGCCCAGCACCACCACACCGUCCUGCCGUCCCAGAUCCAGCACCAGCUGCAGUAUGGCAGCCUCGGCCAGCACCACCCCUCCACCACCGGCUCCCUCCCGCUGCACCCCUCGGGCUGCAGGAUGAUAGACGAGCUGAACAAAACGCUGGCCAUGACCAUGCAGAGGCUGGAAAGCUCUGAGCAGCGGGUCCCCUGUUCUACUUCCUACCACAGCUCUGGUUUGCACUCGGGUGACAGUGUCACAAAAGCCGGACCUCUGGGCCUUCCGGAAAUAAGACAAGUGCCAACUGUUGUGAUUGAAUGUGAUGACAAUAAAGAAAAUGUGCCUCAUGAAUCAGACUACGAAGACUCUUCUUGCCUGUACACGAGAGAGGAGGAGGAGGAGGAGGAAGAGGAUGAGGAUGAUGACAGCUCAUUGUACACCAGCUCCCUGGCCAUGAAGGUGUGCAGGAAGGACUCCUUAGCCAUCAAACUCAGCAACCGGCCCUCCAAGCGGGAGCUGGAAGAAAAGAACAUCCUGCCGAGGCAGACGGAUGAGGAGCGGCUGGAGCUAAGGCAGCAGAUCGGCACCAAGCUCACCAGGCGACUGAGCCAGAGGCCAACGGCAGAGGAGUUGGAGCAGAGGAACAUUUUGAAACCUCGGAAUGAACAAGAGGAACAAGAGGAGAAAAGAGAGAUCAAGAGGAGGUUAACUCGGAAGCUCAGCCAGAGGCCCACGGUGGAGGAGCUCCGGGAACGGAAGAUCCUCAUCCGCUUCAGCGACUACGUGGAGGUGGCCGACGCUCAGGACUACGACCGCAGGGCCGACAAGCCGUGGACCCGCCUCACCGCUGCCGACAAAGCUGCCAUUCGAAAGGAGCUCAAUGAAUUUAAAAGCACUGAAAUGGAAGUUCACGAAUUGAGUAGACAUUUAACAAGAUUUCACCGACCUUAACCGUUGACCUCCUCUUGAGUGCUAUGCUGUCUUCAAAACAUAAAUUUAUAAGAACCAUAAGUGCUGGUAUUUAUUCACUUCCCCAUUACGAUGUAAAUCUUCUGAACUGCCUUUUUUUAAAAGAAGAAGAAGAGGAGGAAACACAAUCAGGAUUCCGCUUGCAAAUACUCGAUGGUUCCGGUGCCGUGGCCAGACCUGCUGGCACCACCGCUGACGAUGGACUGAGCCCCAGCCAGGGCCGGGCCGAGGGCACCGAAGAAUUUCCGGCACUGGGAGCAGCCCUGGGCCGCUGCGGCCAGGACGGCAGGCACCGAAUUCGUUCAGGCUCCGGCCGGCGAGCCUCUGCCUCGAGAGUGUCUGGCACCUGAGUCCAAAGAAAGCUGAGACAGUGGCUCUGGCCUGGGAUGACGGUACAAAGCGUGCGAUCUGUUUGGCCUUCGAGACAUGGCCAAACACCCUGGCCCGGCGUGGCCCCCAGUGGGGCAGCUGCUCUUCUCUCCCUUCAGCCCCCGUGCGUGCAGUGAACAAAGGGAGAGCCCUUGGCUGGGGGAGUGUGGCGGGGGCUGUCUGUCCGGAGUAUGUGUGCUCCAGUCAUGGAAGGCUGCUUUAGGAGAAAGGUGUCACGCAAAAAGCCAGAUGUCAUGGGGGAGCUUAGGGACACCCACAGCCAGUGCUGUCAGGGUGGUAGCACACGUGGGAGCGCAGAGUCCCUCUUGAGGACAUAAAGCCUGGGGUGACAAACUG